UCUGUGAAUAAUAUAUAUUUGAUAACAUGAUGAAAAUUAAAACACAAAAUAAACUUAUUCUCUUGAAUGCUAUACGGGAAAGAAAAAGUGUAUUGUUUGGCAAUUUUAAAUCUACAUCAAAUGAUGAAAAGGUGGAAUCUUGGAAAAGUGUCCAUAACAUAGCCCAAUCAUUACAACUUGCAACUUCUGAUCGUUCUUGGCAGUUCACUAGGGACAAGUUGUAUGGACUAUGGAAAUGUCGCACUUUAGAAAAGAGGGAUAAUAAGAAAGGUAAGUUCACUGGCAAGGCGGGAGGAAAAAAAUGCCAGUAUGAUGAUGUUGAUCUAGCCAUACUAGAUAUUUUAGAUGAAGAUUCGGCAAUAGUGCAAGGUUUAGGAUUGCCUGGAUCAUCAACAUUUGCUGAAAAUAAUACUUCUAUUGUUAAAGAUAACAGUCUCUUACUGGACACAAAUAUGAUACCUUCUGUUGAUGUACACAGAUAUACAGAAGCUAAGGCUACUACAUAG